AUGGUUGUGAUCUUGUCUUGUGGUUAUGGAGGUGUUGAAGAUGUCAUGGAGGGGAGGUUUCUGUCUUCUAUCGCCGAAAAAUGGAUACAAAUCUCUGAAAAUGUUGGUGUGGAUGUGGGCUUGACGGUUGGUGGAUAUAAUAAAGGUCAAGGUUUUGGGCCUAGAAGGGGUUGGGGUGGUGGCCAUUGCGGCGGCGGCGGGUUUGGCGACGGCUAUGGUGGUGGGGGUGGGUUUGGCGGCAGAGGAUUUGGUAAUAGUGGUGGUGUUGGUAGUGGGUAUGAUUUUGGGGGAGGCAGUGGCGGAAGGUGGGGUAGCGGUGGUGGUGGAGGCUCUGGCAUGGGCCAAGGUGGUGCUGGAUAUGGUUCCAGCGGUGGAAACGAAAACGGCGGUGGUUCUGGUUCUGGGAUGGGAGAUGAAAUGAAGGAUCUGUUUAGAGAGAGAAUUUCAUUUCUAACGGUGUUAAGCUCCGUUUAG